CUUUAAUCUUCUCAAGUGGUUCACCGAAAAUAAAAGAAAGAUAUAAAAACGUACGUGUCGUCCAGAAUUUUCAGUGAGCUUCGUUUCGAGAACCAAAGAAAAGCUUCUUUCUUCCCUUGAAAAAAAGAAAGACAUCUCGUAGACUUCAGAAAGGAAAAAGAAACAACUCGAAACCUUGCUCCGAAAAAUUUUUGAUCGUUUUUUAGCAACGAAAUUAGGUGGAAACAUGAGCAUUUCUCUUGCAACUUUCGCUUUGCCAAUUCUCACGUUAUUGGUUUCCAACUGCGCAAGUUUUCCGAGCAUCGGUGAAAAUGCAGUGUCACCCUUGACGACGACCCCGUCUUCGGUGUUGACCCCACAACUUCCCAGGGCUCCUCUCUUGAACAAUUCCCAGUUGGUGGACGUGCAGACGACCCAACAAUCGGGAACCCCGAAAAUCCAGGUCACGAACCUCGUGCCUUUGGCGCAGCCAACAGCAAAUAAUAACAAUGCAACCAACACCAACAACGAUAUCAAUAGUGCCAAUGGGGAUUCAGCACAAAAUCGGCCGGAUGUUCUCGUGAGGCGAAAACGUCAGUCUUCGUCCGGUUGUUGAAAGGGGAAAUGAUUCAGCUGAAGGAAAAUUUGCCGAGCCAGGAUAUUUUGCGAAGAGUUUAGAAGGAACGUGGUCGUGGCUUUAGUCGAAAUUUUGCUGGAGAAUUGAUAUUAUGCUGUGUUGAAACAACUCGCUGAAUAAAAUGUAUUGAUGCAUAUGGUCA